AUGGCUGAAGACUUAUUUAUUGGUAUCGACUUUGGUACCACAUAUUCUUCUAUUGCGUAUUGUAUUGGAAAGACAGGAAAAAUAGAAACAAUUAAAGACGAAAAUUCAGAACAAUUUAUUCCAUCAACAAUGGAAAUAGUUAAUGAUAGAGAAAUAAUAGUAGGGGCAAACCCACUAAAAGAAACCGAAGAAAGACAAAUACUAAGUGACAGUAAAACAUUUCUUGGAAAAAGAUUACAAGGAAUUCAAAAAGAACAAAAAUUUAUAGAAAAGGGAGGGGAAUUAUGGUACAGAGUAAAUGGAUCAAAAAAAAUAAUUGCUGUUAAAACAGUUGCACAAUCAAUUUUAAAAAAAUUAAAAGAUUUGUAUUGUGAAAAAUUAAAAAUUGAUAAAAAUACAAUUAUUAAUCCAGUCAUUACUAUUCCUGCUGGAUUUAAUCAAAAACAAAGAAAAACUAUUUCACAAAUUGCACAAGAAAUUAAUAUUAAACCUAUAUUUGUUCAUGAACCAACAGCAGCUGCAUUAUAUUAUUUAGAUACAACCAAAGAUAAAAUCGAAAAACCUACUAAAUUAUUAGUUUUUGAUUUUGGCGGAGGAACAUUAGAUAUUACCUGUAUUGAAAUGAAAUUAAACACAGAAGGAAAAUUUGUUUUUGAUAUUCUUUGUACAAAUGGAAAUAAUGAACUUGGUGGAAAUAACUUUGAUGAUAACUUAUAUAAUAUGAUUAUUGAAAAAAUCGACAAAGACUAUAAUAUUGAAAGUUCAACACUUAAUUCAGAAAUUAAAACUAGUUUAAGAAAACGUGCAAUUAACGCUAAACAUGAGUUAAGUAAAUGUGAUGAGACUACAAUUUUAAUAUCAGAUUUGAUUAGUUUUAAUUCUGAAAACUCAUAUAAUAUUAUUUUUGAGGAUAAUAUUUCUGAGGAUAGUAUUUCUGAGGAUAGUAUUUCUGAGGAUAGUAUUUCUGAGGAUAGUAUUUCUGAGGAUGUGACAAUUAAAAUUACAAGAAAAUAUUUUGAUGAUAUUAAUUCAUCUGAAUACCAAAAAGCUAUGAAAUUACUUGAUGAUGCAUUAGAUAUGGCUAAAUUAAAAAGUAUUGAUAUUGACAAAGUUUUACUUGUUGGAGGUUCUUCAUAUAUUCCAAAAGUUAAAGAACUAAUACAAGAAAAAUUUGGAAAAGAAAAAAUUAUUCAAGGAAUUGAUCCAUUAACUGCUGUAGUUUUAGGUGCUGUAGUUUGUUCAAGGGAAAAGAGUAUUACAAUUAAUGAAGUUUUACCAAAAGAUAUUAAAAUAGAAAGAUUUGAUGGAACAACAAUAACUAUUUUUAAAGCUAAUGAAAAAUUACCAUUAAAAAAAACAAUACCAAUAACACCUAGUGAAGACAAUGUUGACAGUAUUAAAGUAUCAUUAUAUGAAGGAAAUUAUUCAGUUGCAAGUAUGAAUGAUCUAAUUGAUGAAAUCGUAUUCAGUAAUUUAGCAAAAGUAAGUAUUGAAGAAGCAUAUAUUGAAAUAACAUUUGAAUGUGAUAGAUCUGGAACAUUAAAAAUAACUGUGAUUGAUUUUAAUAACUGUUUUGAACAAAAAGUUCACAUUAGAUGUAAAUUAAAAUUCGAGGAAAAACAAGAACUUCUUAACCCUGUAGAAGAACAUUUAAAAUUUAUUAAUGAAGACAACAAAAACUUUCUUGAUGUUGCAAUUAUUCCUGUAGAUUCAGAAGAAACAUAUUGUAUUGGAACAAUUUCAUAUAACUAA